CUACCGUUUGACCCAAUUAGGUUUAAGUAGUUAGGCAUGGUUUGCUCUUUCCACUCGCAUCAACUCGAUAAACGGAGCCUUUGAAGAAACCCAAACAGAGUCACCAUGAGAAAAUCAUCCGAGUUCCAGAACUACCCCUUCCUGACAGGCGAAGAGUUCGCCGAAGCGUGCCACCACCUGGAUAGGAGAUACUGCCAAGCUACCUUGGGUCCCGUACGGAGAAAAUGGAAACUCAGAACAUGUAACGCACUCAACACAGCUUUCGGCCUAGGACCAGAAAACAACACAUAUGUCCAAAUAGUUCGACCACUGGAAGGAGAGCUAGACGAUGGGGACCUAUCAAACAUAUUUGACAGUCUUUCAUUUCAAAGCAGCGACGACAUGGUGGACAGCAAGAUGGUGGAGGCCGAGGAUGCUGAUGAGGCUGUGUUCCACAAGAAGCCAAAGUCGACGGCAACUGCUGGGCAGGUCGUGUAUGAAAUACAUCUCCACCCAACAUAUCAAGCGCCCUGUUUGUGGUUCAGUCUACACAACCUCCCCGUUGAUGAGCAAGCUUUCAACAUCGAUACUGUCUUUCGACGUCUCGUACCAGACCAGUACAAAGAUGGACUCCGCAGUGCUGGGGAAAUUGGUGGCAUCUCGGCCGACCAUCACCCAGUUACAGGGCUCCCCAGUUUUUUUAUACAUCCUUGUCUUCUUGGUGAAGCAAUGUCAACAUUUGACUGCUCCAAGGAGGACUAUCUCAUGGUAUGGUUGGGCCUUGUGGGGGGUUGUGUCGGCCUUUGGGUUCCGUCAGAGAUGGCAAUCGAAUCGCAGUAGGCUGAGCCCAAGGAGCUGUGCCCCAACAUAUCCUCGCUGUAUUAUGCCAACCUGGCGGGUAUCAUUCAUCGUCGCUAUCAUCCUCCAGUUCCAUCUCUGCAUCCGAGUCGCUCUCUUCUUCUUUCUUCUCCUCUUCCCUUGGCCGUUUUGUCCCGCGCGUUUCAGCAGCGGCGUCAGGCAUGGCAUGAUCAGACGCGGAUGGCUUGGGGGGAAGACCGCGGGAGGUCACAUUUGCAGACGCCCCUGGUAGAGGAGCGUUGAAGAUGCUCUGCUGGAGGUCGGUAACCUCGACCUGGGCUGCCGUCGAAGCUGCAGGUGGUUUGAAAGUACCGUCGAGCUUGGCGAUGAUGUUGGACUUGGACUUUGCAUAGGAGAUUUUCU